AUGCUUUUCUUCAGUUUCUUCAAGACCCUCACGAACCAGGUCGUCACGAUAGAACUCAAGAAUGACAUCCGAAUCCGCGGGACUCUGAAAUCAGUCGACCAAUACCUCAACAUCAAGCUCGACGAUAUCGAUGUUUUAGACUUGGACAAAUACCCGCAUCUAUCGUCGGUAAAGAACAUGUUCAUCCGUGGCAGCGUGGUGCGGUAUGUGAUGCUGCCGCGGUCGGAGGUUGAUGUUGGGCUUUUGGAGGAUGCGACACGGAGAGAGGCCGCGAACCAGGCGGGUAAAGCUCGGUGA